AUGUCCGAUCCGUCGACAGGAAUUCCAACGUCCGCUGCAACCCAUCACUUCCCCGGCAUCAAAGAUAUUGAAGUUAUCGCGACUCUUCUCCCCCAUGAGGAAGACGAACAUCUGAUUUCGAAGGGCGUGCACGUCACCCGCACUGAUGUCACCAAGGAUGAGAGUGUAGAGGAGCUCGAGAAAACGGUCCAGCAGCUCACAGGGGGAAAGUUGGACAUACUUAUUAAUAAUGCGGGAAUCUGCUAUACCAUGCCUGCGACAGACACCGAGGUGACCGAAGUCGAAAAAAUGUUCAAAGUGAAUGUCUUCGGACCCAUGCGAAUGGUGCACUACAUGCAUCGUUUUGUGAUCGAGGCAAAAGGCGUUGUUGUCAACAUUGGUUCCAUCGGAGGUGUGUGCCCUUAUGUAUAUGGGGCAUCGUACAAUGCCAGCAAGGCUGCUCUGCAUCACUAUGGCAAUACACUGCGUGUGGAGAUGCGUCCAUUUGGCGUUCGCGUCGUGAACAUUAUCAGUGGGGAGGUACAUACCAACAUCCUCAAAAAUGACCAUGGCAGAGCCCUACCAGAAGAUUCAGUUUAUUAUCCGAUGAACGACGCUUUCCAGGCACAUCUCUACCGAAAGCCAGAUGGCAUCACCCCCGAUCAGUAUGCAGCUGGAGUGGUAAAGGAGAUAUUAAAAAAGUCACCAGCACCGUGGUUUUGGUUUGGUGCAUCAUCAGGCCUGAUCCGGUGCAUCGAUGCCUUUCUGCCGCGAACAUUUUGGGACUGGUUCUUUGGCCGUUUGUUUAAUCUGGGAAAGUUGGCUGAUUUGCAGUCCGGCGGAGUGAAGCUAACUUGA